AAACAAGCAAAAGCUUGAAGAUCAAUCUACAACUUUAAUUUAUUAGCAUUUGGUAAUGGAAAAUAUUACAAUGAAAAACAUGAUAAAUCAGUAUCUAUCAUUUUGUGCUCAUUUGAUAUCAGAACUUAAAAAUUUUAUGUUCUUCAUCCCAUCUCAUUGAUUUUCUGUCAUGAAGAUGGCUUCACAAAAUCACCACCUCCUCUUCUUCCUCCUCUUAGCUACUUUUUUUACUAAUGUUAUCUCCUUCAAUGUUGUGUCUAAGGCAAGCCUUAUGUACCCUCUUAGUUGCUCUCAACAAAUUUAUACAUGCAAUUCCUAUCUAUAUCACAUCUCUGAAGGGCUUACCAUAGAUCAAAUAGCCUCUUUCUACUCAGUGAACGCAUCCGACAUUCAACCCAUCAGCCAUGGCCUCAAACAGGACUAUCUUGUAUCUGCUCCUUGCACUUGCAAAGAUGUAAACGGCACCCGAGGGUAUUUCUACGACACCUCUUAUGGAGUACAGGCAGGUGACACAUUCAUGAACAUCACCAGGGUGCUCUAUAGCGGCCAAGCUUGGAAAGUUGCGAAUGAAGAGGAGUUAUUUGUUGCUGGAGAUAGGAUCAGUAUUCACCUUUUAUGCGGAUGCAUUCAAGUGCAGUCUCAAGAGAUAGUGACAUACACAGUUCAAGAGAAUGAUACACUGUCAGGAAUUGCAGAACUCCUUUCAGCAAACUUAAGUGGAAUCCAGGGUUUAAAUGAAAGACUCACUCGAAAUCCUGGUUACAUAGAUGUGGGAUGGGUGCUAUUCAUUCCCAAGGAGAAGAAUGGAGUUCAAGCACAGAAGCGAGGAAAAAGAGCCCAUUUGACAAUUAUCCUUGCCGUAUUGUCGGCUGUCAUAUUAUGUUCAGUAUGCACGUUCAUUCUAUUCCUGAUCAAGAGAAUCAGAAACCAGAAAAAUGGAGAUCACCUAAAAUCUGUCAACAAAUGCCAAAGUCCUUCAAGAAUUUCCUUAAAGAGCCAGUUUCGGAAAAAUGACAUUGAAGGUGUCACCUUUGAAUCUGAAAGGCCAGUCGUAUAUAGUGUGGAUGAGAUUGAAAAGGCCACAAGAAACUUCGAUAUGAGCAUGAAAAUUGGAGAGGGUGGAUAUGGGAGCGUGUAUCUUGGUUUUUUGAAAGAAAGGGAAGUUGCAGUAAAGAAAAUGAAGUCUAGCAGAUCGAAGGAAUUCUAUGCAGAGCUCAAAGUGUUGUGCAAGAUACAUCAUAUUAAUGUGGUGGAGCUGCUGGGAUAUGCAAGUGGGGAUCAUCAUCUUUAUCUACUCUAUGAGUAUAUUCAGAAUGGGUCUCUCAGUGAUCACCUUCAUGACCCUCUGCUAAAAGGUCACACCCCACUUUCAUGGACUGCAAGAGCACAAAUAGCAGUCGAUGCUGCAAAAGGAAUUGAAUAUAUUCAUGAUCACACGAAAUCACAGUAUGUGCACCGGGACAUAAAAACAAGCAACAUUCUGCUUGAUCAGGGGCUAAGGGCAAAGGUGUCAGAUUUUGGGCUGGCAAAGUUGGUAGAACGAUCAAAUGAAGAAGAGUUCAUAGCAACGCGCUUAGUUGGAACACCAGGUUACAUUGCUCCUGAAUCUGUGCGUGAGCUACAAAUGACUUGUAAAACCGAUGUCUUUGCAUUCGGAGUGGUUCUAGCAGAGCUCAUCACUGGUCAGCGUGCUCUCAUACGUGAUACCAGGGAACCAAACAAGAUGAGGGCACUGGUCACAAUUAUAUUGACAAUAUUCAAGAAAGAAGACAUUGAGACUGCUUUGGAAGCUAAUAUAGAUGGUAAUCUACGAGGAAGCUACCCCAUGGAAGCAGUCUGUGAGAUGGCAGAAACAUGUAGGAGAUGUUUGAGUGAAGAUCCAUUAAAUCGACCAGAGAUGCGAGAAGUUGUGCAGACACUCUCCCAGAUCUUGACCGCCUCAAUGGAGUGGGAAGCGUCACUUGGGGGAAGCAGCCCAGAGUUUACUGGGGUAUUUGUUGGAAGAUGACUAAGUUUAUUCCAGCCCAAUUACAGCAGGAAUUUUAUAGUGGUGAAGACUGAAGAUUAAUAUAAUAAGAUUAGUUACAUGGCCUUGUGGAGGUUAUUAAAUUUUUUAAUUUUUAAUUAUAUAAAA